GUGAGGUGUCAGAGGGAGAGAGGAAGGUCAGACAGAGAGGUGUCAGAGAAUGAGAGACUGUGUGUGUUGUGUUGGUGAGAGAGUCUGGGAGAGCGAGAUUCAGAGAGAGAGAGUUAGUGUUGUGUUUUGUGAGUGUGCGUGUGUGAGAGAGAGAGAGAGAGAGAGAGAGAGGCAGCCUUACCCUCACAGAUGCCCCGAUAGCAAAGUUUCACAGGGCCAACCGCAGGCAAACGGGCCCAGCUCGACCAGGACGCUGGCGGAGCGGAAACGCCUAGUUUCCUGCUCUCCGCCCCGCACCCCGGCUUCAGGAGGUUUUGAGGCCGCUCCCCCUCUGCCAGCGGACCGGUCAGCCUGGGCGUUUGGCCGCCUCUCCCCCCACCCUGGGCGGUGACAAGUAUAAGGCGUGGUUUCGGGCGAGAGUUUUGUUUCGCUCGCCCGGGUCGGUGAGUCAUCGGCUGAGGGGCAGAGUGGCCGGCGGACCGCCGCCACCCCGGGCUCAAAUCGACACGCCAGGAUCUUCCGCGCGGCGAGUGUGAGAACAGCCAAGAUGUCUGACAUCGACUUCCACCACAUCAUUGUGACUGAUGACACAGCAGCUGGAGUGAAUCCGUCGGAACUGCAUCCCAUCUUGGAGAAGCUGAGAUCAGCGCUUCAAAUCCGUGAGAAGUACAUGCACCGCUCCCUCCAGAGAUUCCCACAGACCACCUCGGAGGUGCUGAGGAAGAUCAAUGGGGAUGCCUGGAAUCCCGAAGAGAUUGUAUACCCAGACUUCACCUGCUAUCCAUUGGAUAUGAAGGAAGCUCUCAGCUUGGAUUCGAUCCCGGAGGAUUUACCCCAUGUCCUCAGCCUGCAGGAUGGAGUCUUCACCCUGGCCGAUCCCUCCGGGUCGCCCCUGCCCUUCAUCUGCCCCACCAGCCACACCGAGUACUCGAGAGAUAUGAAGAACUUACUGGAGAUCAUCGCCGAUGGGCCAUUGCGGACCUACUGUAACCAGCGGCUGAAGAUGUUGGUGUCUCGUUUCCACCUUCACCAGCUGGCCAAUGAGAAAAAGGAGUUUAUCGACCUGCAGGAGGCUUCCCACAGUGACUUCUACAACGUGGCCAAGGUCGACACGCACAUCCACGCUGCGGCCUGUAUGAACCAGCACUCUCUGCUGCGUUUCAUCCACCACACUUACGCGAUAGACCGGGACCGGGAGGUUCACCAAUCCCAGGGGCAGACCUUCACCCUGGGGCAACUAUUCCAGAGGCUCGACCUCGAUCCCGACCACCUCGACAUCGACGCCCUCAACGUGCACGCGGACCGGGAGACCUUCCAGCGGUUCGAUCGCUUCAACGCCAAGUACAACCCGGUGGGGGCGAGCGAGCUGCGGAGACUCUACCUCAAAACCAACAAUCACAUCAACGGAGAAUAUUUUGCCGGGCUGAUCAAGGAGUAUGCCGAUUCAAUGGACGACGCCUCAAACCAGUUUGCUGAGCUCCGGAUCUCCAUUUACGGCAACAGCCCCGACGAGUGGAACCAGCUGGCCGCUUGGUUCUUCGACCAGAGAGUCUGCUCGCCCAAGAUCCGCUGGAUGGUGCAGGUCCCACGGAUCUAGUGAGUUAAAUCCCACG